AAUUGAAAAACUGCAAGCGCGCCGUCAGUGGCGUUAAAUUAACGCCCCACGUUUCGAGUUCUUUCUUUUCCUUUCUACAAAAACUUUUGUGGCAUCAUCGUUUCGUGUCUAACCUGACUUAAAUCAUGCGUUACGUGGCUGCUUAUCUACUCGCCGCACUCGGUGGAAACGAAAGUCCGUCGUCCAGCGAUAUCAAAAAUAUCUUGGGCAGCGUCGGCAUCGACGUAGAUGAUGAUAAACUUAACAUGGUCAUCAAGGAGUUGAAGGGAAAGAACUUGGAAGAAGUGAUUGCUGCAGGAAAUGAAAAACUUGCAAGCGUACCAUCCGGUGGUGGUGGUGCUGUUGCUGCCUCCGGUGGUGCAGCAGCCGCAGAUGAAGCCCCCAAAGAAGAGGCAAAGAAAGAGGAAUCUGAAGAAGAGUCCGAUGACGACAUGGGAUUCGGGUUGUUUGAUUAAGUUGUAAAACUAAUAAAGAAUCCUCUACGAAA